ACAAGCGAAGAAACGCUAGGCUGGUCCUCCUGCUUCGCCUCUUCGUUGGUUUUUUAUUUUGUUUAAAGAAAGAAAUGAUUCGCUACCCAUCAAGAACCUUCUCUCUAUUCUUCUUUUUCUGCGUCUUCCUUUCCGUUUUAUUGUAGAAACAAACUGCGCGAGAUAAAAUUGUAUUAAGCCUUUUUGAAUCUAUGGAGCAGCUCGUCAACUUUAUCAUUCGGCCACCCAGAGCUGAAUAUGACCCGAAAGACGAUUUAUUAGAUCAAGAGUUCAUGCUGAAAGGGAAAUGGUAUCAAAGGAAAGAUCUGGAGGUUAAAAACAGUCGGGGGGAUGUUCUUCAAUGCAGUCAUUAUGUGCCUAUCGUUAGUCCCGAAGGAAAGCCUCUGCCCUGUGUGAUUUACUGCCAUGGGAACAGUGGGUGCAGGGCUGAUGCGAGUGAAGCUGCAAUAAUUUUGCUGCCUUCAAACAUUACAGUUUUCACUCUUGAUUUCUCUGGAUCUGGACUCUCUGGAGGAGAGCAUGUCACCCUGGGGUGGAAUGAAAAGGAUGAUCUUAGGGCUGUGGUUGAAUAUCUGCGGGAAGAUGGAAAUGUCUCUUUGAUAGGCUUUUGGGGCCGCUCGAUGGGUGCUGUUACUAGCCUAAUGUAUGGAGCUGAGGAUCCUUCAAUUGCUGGAAUGGUCCUUGAUAGUCCCUUCGCUGAUUUGGUUGACUUGAUGAUGGAAUUGGUAGAUACCUACAAGAUCCGUUUACCCAAGUUCACUGUGAAGUUUGCGAUCCAAUACAUGCGAAAAGUUAUUCAGAAAAAGGCGAAGUUUGACAUAAUGGACCUGAACACCAUUAAGGUGGCAAAUUCUUGCUUUGUUCCAGUUUUACUAGGGCAUGCCAUUGAUGAUGAUUUCAUACGCCCCCACCACUCGGAUCGUAUAUUUGAGGGUUAUAUGGGAGACAAAAACAUUAUCAAAUUUGAGGGUGACCAUAAUUCUCCACGCCCUCAAUUCUACUUUGAUUCUAUAGAUAUAUUUUUCCACAAUGUUUUGCAACCUCCAGAGGAUGAAGUAGCUGGAGCCUUUUUUGAUCCUAUGGAUGAUUACUUUGGUAAGGGCGGUUGGAGAAAUGUUCAUGAAGUAGGUAAUGACCAUGGAUCUUCAGCUACAUCUAAAGAGCCAGCAACAAGCAGUACAGCAGAUGCCAUUACAAAACUCCGUACUAGAAGACCUAUGAGUAGGACAGAGGUUCCUUCUAAGGAUGAUCAAUCUGAAGAUGAGAAUGAAAAAAUUGAUGACGAUCUUUGCCCAUCAUCUUCUGAAAUGAUUAGCUUUGAAUUUUCCAAUGGCCACCCAUAUGGUCCCCAUGUUCCAACUACUUCAGAUGAUGAUCAAUAUGUGGAAUACCAACUAGAUGACUUGACAGGUUUUCCAUCCAAUUCGGAGGAGGAAGAAAGAAUGUUUAUGGAAGCAGUGAUUGAAUCCUUAAAGGACUUGGAAAUGAGACACCCUCAGGCAGGAGAACCGCCUGGUGUUAGCUCCAGUUCUAUCAUGCCUUCACCUAAAGAUGACCUGGAGGCUUCUCCUAUGGAUCAUUGUGGACCCUUAAAGACACAACUGAUUUCGACUUCAGUCAAGCACUGUGAAAGUUCAAAAACAGAACCCACUUCCACUUCGGUAAUCAAUGUCCAGAAAUUGGCAUCUGAGCAUCCAUCUCCAUCUGUGGGACCUGUAUUUGAUGCUCCUUCAUCUGGCAUGGAAACUGGAAGCACAGGAACUUCUGUGCGUAGUGAUACUUCAGCAAGCAUACAGAGCUCAUCUGAUACAGGAACUUCUGUGCGUAGUGAUACUUCAGCAAGCAUACAGAGCUCAUCUGAUGCUGACAUGUCAGCCAAUACAAAAGCCACAUUAACUGUUGAACGGAACCCGGCAAGUCAUGUUAUGGAUGGUUUAAUGCGUCGUUGGGAUUUCAAUUUUUUCCGGAGCCAUAAUCGAUGAGAUGAAAAGAUAUUUCCCUUUUUAGUGCAAAAUCUGAUGAUGGUAUUUCCUCUAUAAAUUUCUUGCUACAAAAAAAAGAAAGGGAAGAAAGAAAUUGUAGUGCUGUGAACGUGUGUAAGAAGGCUAGAGUAUUUUUCCUUGUUCAUUUUGUUGUAAUGCUCUACAUUUAUUAUUAAAAAAAAUAGCAAAAUGGUCAUGUUUUAAAUCAUUCAAGGUAA